GCCCCCAACCCCCAUUCUUUCUUCUUUCUAUAUAAUCCCCGUUACUCCCUCACCAUCAUCCCCAAUCUGCUACCCUGCAGACCCUCUCUCUCUCUCUGGAAAAGCCACUACUCCAACGUACCACCAGCUUUAGCACUGUCUGCUUUCUCGACAACUUGGGUUGAAGAGAAAAAGAAAAAGGACGUCAAAAAAGAAGGAAAGCAAAGAGUUAGGAAAAGAUGGUGGUUGAGAAAGAGGACCUGGGUUUGAGUUUGAGCUUAAGCUUUCCUGAGAAACGGAGUAGUAGUACUUCACUACGGUUGAAUCUGAUGCCUUCGCUAGUUUCAUCUCCUACAUCUCCUUCGCCUUUCAAUCUUCUUCACAAAACCUCUUGGAACGAAACCUUCCCCUCCUCAGUUGUUUACCUACAUGCAGAUCGAAACUCGGAGACUUGCAGAGUGGAGACCAGAUCGUUUCUCAAGGGGAUCGACGUGAACCGGUCGCCUUCCACAGCCGACGACGCCGAGGAAGAAGCCGGCGUGUCGUCGCCGAACAGCACGAUAUCGAGCUCUAGCGGGAAGAGGAGCGAGAGAGAGUGCAACGGCGGAGGCGACGAUCAAGAGAUAGAGAGAGCUUCCUCUCGAGGCAUCAGCGACGAGGAAGACGGUGAUGGUUCGAGGAAGAAGCUCCGGUUGUCGAAAGACCAGUCGGCGGUUCUCGAAGAGAGUUUCAAAGAACACAACACUCUCAACCCUAAGCAGAAGGUGGCUUUGGCCAAGAGAUUGGGACUCAGGCCUCGUCAGGUGGAAGUGUGGUUUCAGAACAGGAGGGCAAGGACAAAGUUGAAGCAAACUGAGGUUGACUGUGAGUUCUUGAAGAGGUGCUGUGAGAAUCUGACGGAGGAGAACCGGAGGUUACAGAAGGAAGUGCAGGAGCUGAGGGCACUCAAACUGUCCCCACAGUUCUACAUGCAGAUGACCCCUCCCACCACCCUCACCAUGUGCCCCUCAUGUGAGCGUGUCGCCGUCCCCCCAUCCGCAUCACCAUCGGCUCCGAUGGCAAAACAGGUCGAGCCUAGGCCCUGUCAAGUGGGUCCCAUCCAUCCUCGGCCCAUUCCCUUUAAUCCUUGGUCCAACACUCCCGUCCCUCACCGGACAUUCGAUGCUCUCCAUCCUCGAUCGUAAUAAGUUAUCGGUAGAAGGGUGGAAUGGUCAUUUUGAAUUAUCAUCCUUAUCUUAGAAAUCCUUGUGGAAUAUGUUUGUACGGAGGAAUUGAAAAUUGUAGUAGCGUACCAUAUUGUUAUGUGUACAUUUGACACUAUGAGGUGUAAGAUAUGGUGGUUGGAAUUAUGAUAUAUGGUGGGAUCUAUUUGUUUUGUUCUAUUUUGUCC